GGGCAGGUUCCACGGGGAGGAGGCGAGAGAGGGAGGGCGCUGGGAGGCUGGGACACGGGCAGGGUGCGGUCCUGGCGGUUCCCGGUCCCGGAUCUCUUCAAUUUCCCCUCUCACUCCUGCCCAGGGAGCCGAGGCAGCGGCGGCUCCGGCUCCGGCUCCAGCCUCGCCGCGCUGACCGCCGAGGCGCAAACCGCGGAGGGCUCCGGCAGCGCCGAGCCCCGCGCCCCGCGCCCCGCAAGCGGCCGCUCGCCUGCCAAAACAAACGGCCCUUCGCUAUUUAUUGCCGCCGCCGGGCCACGGCAGCUCAGAGCGGGCCGACGCCAGCUCGCCGCACCGGGCAGCCGGAGCGCACCCGCGCCGGGCAGCCGCCGCGCCCCGCCGCCGCCGCCGGCACCGGCACCUGCCCGCCGGCUGCGCGCCGCAUGGGGAGCCCCGGGCCGGGCGGCGGGAGCGGCGGCCGAGCCUAGUGCGGACCCCGGAGCCACCGGUGCCCCGGGCCGCCCCGGGGCCGCCGGGCGCGCCAUGAAGCCGGCGCGGCUGCUGCUGCUGCUGAGCGGGUGCGCGCUGCUGCUGGCGCCGGCCGUGCGCGGCUGCGGGCCGGGCAGGGUGGUGGGCAGCCGCCGCCGCCCGCCCCGCAAGCUCAUCCCGCUCGCCUACAAGCAGUUCAGCCCCAACGUCCCCGAGAAGACGCUGGGGGCUAGCGGCCGCUACGAGGGCAAGAUCGCGCGUAACUCGGAGCGCUUCAAGGAGCUGACGCCCAACUACAACCCCGACAUCAUCUUCAAGGACGAGGAGAACACUGGCGCCGACCGGCUCAUGACCCAGCGCUGCAAGGACCGCCUGAACUCGCUGGCCAUCUCUGUCAUGAAUCAGUGGCCAGGGGUGAAGCUGAGAGUGACGGAGGGCUGGGAUGAGGACGGGCACCACUCGGAAGAGUCGCUACAUUAUGAGGGCCGAGCUGUGGACAUCACAACCUCGGACAGGGACCGCAACAAGUAUGGCAUGCUGGCUCGCCUGGCCGUGGAGGCUGGCUUCGACUGGGUCUACUACGAGUCCAAGGCACACAUCCACUGCUCCGUCAAGUCAGAGCACUCAGCCGCUGCGAAGACGGGGGGCUGCUUUCCCGGGCGGGCGCUGGCAACGCUGGAGGACGGUGCCCAGACGCCACUGUGGGCACUGCGCCCAGGCCAGCGAGUGCUGGCAAUGGACGGGGCAGGCAGGCCCACCUACAGUGACUUCUUGGCUUUCCUGGACAAGGAGCCCCGUGCCCUCACCACCUUCCAUGUCAUCGAGACCCAGGAGCCGCCGCGGCGCCUGGUCCUGACGCCCACCCACCUGCUCUUUGUGGCAGAGAACGCGUCGGCGCCCGCCGCCCGCUUCCGUCCCAUCUUUGCCAGCCUGGUGCAGCCGGGACACUUCGUGCUGGUGGCGGCUGGGGGGGGCAGCUUGCAGCCUGCUGAAGUGGUGCGGGUGUGGGACCGGAGGGAUGUGGGAGCCUACGCCCCGCUGACACGCCAUGGGACACUGGUGGUGGACGGCGUGGUGGCCUCGUGCUUUGCUCUGGUGCAGGAGCAGCAGCUGGCACAGAUGGCAUUCUGGCCGCUCCGGCUCUACCACAGCCUGGUGGGGUGGCCAGGGGUGCAGGGGGAUGGUGUGCACUGGUACUCAGGGCUGCUCUACCGCCUGGGCAGGCUGCUCCUGCCCCCUGACAGCUUCCACCCACUGGGAAUAUCCCAGGCGGAGAGCUGAGGGUGCACCACGGCCCCAGCCAGCACAGCUGGUGGGGGUGGUGGCUGCAGGGUGACUCACUGGGGGCCAGCACCCCCUCCCAAAGCUGGGUGCCCAUGGGGAGCUGCCUCCAGCCCUGCCUGCUUGGGGUACAGCCACCUCCUGGCUGGGGGGCACCAAAGCUCCGUGGUGUGCCUCCUCCAUGUUCACCAUGUUCACCACCCCCUCUUCACCCCCUGUUCCUGGGGACAGGAGGGAGGCAUGAAGGGUUUCCCCCGGGACAGGGGCUGCCCCUGGCUGGAUCCACAUGCUGCUAUGUGUGCGUGUGUGUGUGUGUGUGUGUGUGUGUGUGUGUGCUGAAUUAGCUGAGAGAGGUCUGAAUGGGAGGGGGGAGAGAGCCCUGGCUGCUCCACUGAGGUUCCCAGCCUGUCUGCACCCAGUGGGGAAGUUUUGGGAGAGGAGCCCAGGGCCCUUUGCUAGCAGCCUGGGUAGGAAGGCAGGCAAUGCUAUUUCCACCCCUGGGACAUGGCAGCUGGAAGGAGGGUGACCCAGGUACUGGGACUGUGCCUUGUCCUUAGCCCAAGUACAGGGCCACCCAUACAGGCAGGGGUGGGGGGUCUGGCACAGCUCUGGCAUGAGACCUCCGACUUUGUGACACAAGUUCCACUGGAGCGAGAGACUGGGGAGUGAGAUGCCAUCUCUGCCCAAAGCCAGCACCAGAGGCACCCAGCUGGGCAUCCUGUGGGGCUGCUGUGACAGCAUGGGGCGCUCUGGCUGGCAAGAGGGGCUGCAGAGGCAGACACAUGGGCAGAAGGGUGCAAAUGCCAGCCAGGCAUAGACACACUGGUAAGAGCAGAGGUGGGGAGAGUCAGGGCUGCAACCUCAGCCUGCUGGAGCCUGAAGAAAGAGGCAGUGGAGACAAAAACCUUUCCCCACCCCAAAGCUACAAAAACUCUUCAAGUUUCAUGCCCUGGCUGGCCUGACCUCCCCAAGUCGCCAGUACCCCAAACCCUCAGGGUAAUUCAUUGCUGCUCACCCACUCCUGGGACCUGGGGAGAGUCCCAUCAGAGCUGCAGCCACAGUUCCCCCACUCCAAAUCCUAGCUGGAGCCUCAGCCCCCCCCUAGCUCCACACGAGUGGAGGGGGCUGAGGGAGGCAGUGACCCGUGUCCCUCCUGUAGCAUCACGCGUCUUUAUUUAUUUAUCUGCUCUUUGUAUGUACCAUAGAUGGGAGGCAGUGUGGGCGCGUGCAGGGUGAGAUGGAAGUGCAGG